GCCAAGGAAGUCUUGAAAUAUGCCCCAGAUUUAUUCUUCCUAUGAAAUUGAUCGCUAGUCCACAGGAUUGUUUCCAUUCUGUCCGCAUCUGAGUCAUUCCUGCACAUGGUGCAUGCAGAGAUCUGGCUGAGUGGCAGCGAAUGCAGCCAUGCAUCAUCUGUUUGGGCUGGUUUUGGCACAAAAGGACCUUUCACGUGCAGGGGAUCUUUUCUCCUUAGAGGAUGCUGAAAUCGAAGGAAGCCUCUCGGAAGCUCUUGAACAAAUAAGAAUAAUUAGUUCAUCUGCAGACUACCAGACCAAUGACAAUGACCAGGCUGUGGUGGAAAUCUGCAUCACUCGCAUCACCACUGCCAUCAGGGAGACAGCGUCCAUAGAAAAGCACGGGAAAGCCCUCGUGGCUCUCUGGGAGUCGUGUCUAGAGCACAACCUGAAGCCUUCUCGAAAAGAUGAGGACACACCACAUGCAAAAAUAGCAUCCGAUAUCAUGAGCUGUAUCUUGCAGAAUUACAAUCGACCUCCAGUAAUGGCCUUAGCUGUUCCAGUGGCAGUGAAAUUUCUUCAGAGGGGCAAUAAGGAACUGUGCAGAAACAUGUCAAGUUAUCUAUCCUUGGCUGCAAUCGCUAAAGCAGAUCUGCUGGCUGAUCACACAGACACCAUUGUCAAAAGUGUCCUUCAAGGGAACUCGAUGCUGCUGCGUGUCCUGCCUGCUCUGUACGAGAAGCAACCGCAGCCGAUAAACCUCCGUCUGAGGGAGCUGGUGGCGCUGAUGGCUCAGCUGGAUCAAGCCGAACACCACCACCUCCUCAGGCUCCUCCAGAUCGUGGCUAGGAAAAAAGAACUGGGGGUGCUGAAAGAGUGUAUACCAUUUCUAUUUGGACACUUGAGAGACCCUAACCAUAGUGACGUUAUUCUAAACAUACUUAUAGAAAUAUCCACCUACGAACCAACAGCCUUAGCCACUUUUCUUCCAAUGCUGAAAGAAAUUGGUGAGAGUUUUCCAAGUUUGAUUGGGCAAACAGCAAAGAUCUUUGGAGCUGUUGGACGUAUUGAUGAGGAGCGAGCCAGAAUAUGCCUGAUGUGUUUGGUGAACCAGCUGGCCAACAUGGAGCACUCAUUUCAUCAUAUUCUUUUGCUGGAAAUUAAGAGUCUCACUGACACCUUCUCGAGCAUCUUGGGCACCCAGAGCAGAGAUAUCUACCGCAUGAGCAACAGUUUCACUGCCAUAGCCAAGCUCCUCGUCCGACAGCUAGAGAACGACAACACGUCAGGAGCCAGGAUGGAAAAUGAUACUGAAACAGAAUCUCCUGUACCACUGGAUGAUUUAAAAUCUGUUAUGAAUGGAAAUGAAGAAGAUGAAAAGCUUCAAGUUAAAAUACAGGCUUUUGAAGAGAAAAUAAAUGUUGACAACAGUACUCCUGGCUCAGUGCGGAGAUACAGUUUAGGCCAGGUUUCUAAAGAAGAAAGGAAGGAUAUGAGGUUUAACAGGUCCAAAAGCCUCGCUUUGCAUGCAGUCCGCAUGAAGGGGGUAAACUCAGAGAGUGGACAGGAUGAGGAGAAUGGGGAGAUAACUGCUGGUAUCUCCUUCACCGAGAUCUACAUUAGCCAAGAAAAUGACAAAUUGCCUGUUACUGUUGAUACUGAAGCAACGCAACUGGGAAAUUCUUUGGUUUCACACCAAACUAUCGAUUACCCGGAAUCAGCAAAUUUGCCAGAAUCUACUAAAGAAAAGGCCCUCGUUGGAAACGCAGAGGCAGUGACGAGCCCCGUGGAAUACCAGGACAAGCUCUACUUGCACUUGAAGGAAAACCUGGGUAAAGUGAAAGCAUAUGUCACAGAGAUGGGGAGGAAAAUUCCUGUCCCCGAUCAGUGUGUUAUUGAAGAUACCGUUAGAAGUUGUGUAGCAAAGCUGUUCUUCAGCUGUCCCCUGAAGGGCCAUUACUGCUUGUACAGUAAAUCCAGUUUUACCCUCAUCAGCCAGCAGCCUCCGCUGUGGAUCCAUAUCAUGUUCCUCUUUCAGCAGGGCUUGUUUGCAGAACCUUUGUCCAUACAGAGUAAUUCUGUGCAAGUCCUUAAGGCCCUGUGGGAGAAGACACAGCUCAAGGGGACACACAGUUUUGAAACUGCCAUGAUCCAGUCUACAUUUCCACACCAAAAGGACCUGGACCACGUGCAGAUGCACCUGGAAGAAGUGAGGUUCUUUGAUUUAUUCGGCUACAGCGAGGAAGCGGGAACUUGGCAGUGCUUCAUGUGCAAUAACCCGGAAAAGGCAACAGUCGUAAAUCAGGAUGGCCAACCUCUGAUUGAAGGCAAGCUUAAAGAGAAGCAAGUCCGGUGGAAGUUUAUCAAAAGGUGGAAAACGCGCUACUUCACUCUGGCUGGCAACCAGCUGCUUUUUCGGAAAGGAAAAUCUGUAAGUCAGAAGCCCAUCAGCUUGAUUUCUCUCUUUCCCUCCUCCCCAACGCCAUUUCCCAGACAGCGGGGUUAUUGCGCCUGGGUAAGCAGAAAGACGACCCCGACGACUGCCCCAUUGAGCUCAGCAAGGUGCAGAGCGUUAAAGUGGUGGCAAAAAAGCGCAGGGACCGCAGCCUGCCCCGGGCCUUUGAGAUCUUCACCGACAGCAAGACCUACGUUUUCAAGGCCAAAGACGAGAAGAACGCCGAGGAGUGGCUUCAGUGCAUCAACGUUGCCGUCGCGCAGGCUAGAGAGCGGGAGAGCCGAGAGGCCACCACCUACCUGUAGAGCUGCUGGCACCUCCGUGGCCAUGCCAGCAAACCCACUGCUCCGGCGCAGAGCAUCCCACUGCCAUACCGCGGACCUCUUUUACCUCCAAAAGCCCCGCCGGCUCCUGGACCAUGGGAAACUGUGGGGAAGACCAUGCGUUAGCAUGGGCCGGGGAGAGCCUUGUGCAGCGCAAGAGGUCUAAAGCAUCAAUAACGCUACCGGGUGAUGGAGUGCCACCACGCAGGAGCGCUCCCUGGCACUGGGACGUUUGCCGGUGUAGAAGCAGCUUCCACGUCCGCGUGUGAAAUGCAGGUUUGGUUUUUUAAUUCAGCCUCGUGGCCUGCAAGCCAGGAGACGUGGUUAGAAACAAACCUGGGCCCCAGCCCCUCAGCCUUUGCUUCUGCCAUGCACAAGGUCUCGGUGGCUGUAGACACUGCCGAGAGCAUUCGAGCGCCUAAGGACUUUCUGCUUCCCUCAAUCGCUUUCUGUCUGUAAAAAGAUAAUUUUCCUUCUUAUUUAAUCUCGGUGUACUUGAUCCUUUUACUGUCUAUAUGUGCCUGUGGAAAAAAUCAGAUUUGCUGCUGCUUUCAGGUUUGAAAUUGAGCAACUUUAAAGAUUUAAUACUUAACUGUUUUGAUUUUCCCUCUCUUUCCUGCUUUUCUCCCCUUCGUAACUGAAUGUAAUUUUUAAAACUUAUUUUCCUUUCUGUUUUUAAUUGUCUUCUCUGUUCUGUAACUUUCCAAAAUUUCUCCAAAACUGGAAAAUUCCCGGUUUGUUUGAUUUUCUUUGUCACUCUCAAAUGAUUCCAAAGUGGAGGAAAUAG